UAAUUAACUUUUAUUUACUAAUCCGAGUUUAUCCGAGUCUUUUUGUUUUACCUGCUUCAAGUUUAAAUAAUGGUUCGUUUUAAAAAUAGAUAUAUAACUGUAGAAAUUGUAUGUCCAACAGUUUCAGAAAAAACGCCAUUACAGUUGAAACCGGGUAUCUUUCAUAGCACAGUAUUGCAUAAAGUGCAGCAAAUCCAUGGUGAUUUUGGGGUCGCUGCUAUUAAGUCGGGAUUUUUAACUAAAUAUUGCAAUGAAAGCACAAGAAUUGCUAUAAUACGAGUAAGACAUGGACCACACAGAUUUGUUACAAGUUCUUUGCCUUUUGUUAAAACUAUUGGAAAAUUAAAUGUUAGACUGAAUACAUUACAUGUUGGUGCAACAUUAAAACAUACUUUCAAAUUUAUACAAAAGUUUCAAAGAGCUUAUCUGGAUGCAAGGUGGGUUAAGUUAAAAACACCUGAGGAAAGGCAGCAAUUGGAACAAGCGGUUUUGGAUUUCACAAAAACUGAUGUUAAAAUAAAUAUUGAAAAUAUAACUUGAAA